GACGCACUCGGAGAUGGCGGCGGCAGCGGGAACGGCGGCGGCCGCGGCGUGACCCCAAAGUGGGAGCGGAGACCCCCAAGUGGGGCGGCACCGCGGCGUGGGGCCUCAGAGCGACCAAAGGGGACCCCGAGGCCUCGACCCGGGACCCGGAAGUGAUGAAGGAGGACCCGAAAGAGGCGGAGGGCCCCACGGCGUCAAAGUGGAUCCCCAUAGCCUCAAAUGGGAACCCCACGGCGUCAAAGUGGAUCCCCAUAGCCUCAAAUGGGGACCCCACGGCACCGAAGUGGGUCCCCAUAUCCUCAAACGGGGAUCCCAAUUGGGUCCCCAUAUCUUCAAACCGGGACCCCAUGGCAUCGAAGUGGAUCCCCGUAUCCUCAGACCGGGACCCCACGGUGACAAAGGAGAACCCCCCUUCCUCCAAUGAAACCCCUGCGGCAGAGUGGGACCCCAAAGUGCCCCCUGAGGGGCGCCCCGUGGAAGAAGGGGACCCCAAAGCGUCUCCCACUGAGGACCCCCCGGCAGAACCCGACCCCAAAGCGUCCAACUGCGCCCCCCUGUCUUCACAUUGGGCCCCCGAAGCGGCGGUGUGGGACCCCACGUCCCCACACAGAGACCCCACAGCAGAACCGCAGUGCAGCGCAUCCCCCGAGCAGCACCGCGCGGCGCAGCGGGACCCCGCAUCCCCUAUGGAAGAAGAUCGGUACCCCGCGACCCAUGGAGUCCGCCCCGCGACACGAGCGGACCCCGCACCCUACGGGGACCACCCCGAGGCCGAGGAGGACCCCCUCCCCGCCGCCGUGGAAGCCAUGUUGGCCGCCGUGGCCGCCAGCCCCGUCCGCGUCCGCAGCCAGCAGCAGGGAGACCCCGAGCUGACGGCGGCCGAGCGGCGCCGCGACCUGCGGGCGCUUUUCCUCCGCAAACCCCUCGUCUUCCUCGAGCGCUUCCACGGGGCCCUGCAGGCCGAGCACCUGCCCUGCUUCGCCCACCUCCCCCCCCGCUACGAGGUGGCCUUUUACUGCCGCCAGGUGAGGGCUCGGAGGCAGCAGAACCCCCAAACUGGGCUGAGCCGAUGGCCCCGAAGGCCCGGAGCCCGAACCCGACUGCGGAACCGGCGCUACGCGGCCCUGCGGCAGCUCAUCGCAGGAGGUGAAUACUUCAGCGAGGAGGAGAUGCGGGCGCGGGAGCCGCUGCUGUACGAGCACUACAUCGGGCAGUACCGCGACGCCGAGACCCCCCCCGGGACCCCCCCGUGUCCCCCCCACCCCGGGACCCCCCCCGGGACCACGUGGGCUGCGGCGCUGCUGCGGUCGGUGGAGGAGGCGGCGGUGCAGCAGCGGCUGCAGAGACAGAGGCUGAGGGAGGGGGACAGCGGAGAGGAGGAUGAAGAUGAGGAUGAGGCCGAAGAGCCCCACAUCCCCGACGCCGGGGAGCUGGAAGUGCUGCGGGAGGAGUUCAGGAGCCGCAUGUACCAACGCUUCCUGGACGGGGAGGACCGCGACUUCGACUACAGUCAGGUGGAUGAGAACCCCGACAUGGACAACCUGGACAUCGAAUCCCGCGACGCCGAGGAGCGUUACUUCGAUGAGGAGGAGCCCUCCGCUGCCCCCCAGCUGGAGUAGGGACCCCCCCCAAGAUGGAGACCCCCCCCUCCCCCAAAAUGGGACCCCCCCCCACAGUGGGGACCACCCUGAUGUGGGGAUCCACCCCCAAAAGGAGGACUUUUCCCACAAUAAAAGCCACCCCCCCCCCUCCCCCCAACACAUGGGAUGCUGUGGAUUGUCGUUCCCCCCCCCCCCCUCUCAGCUCCAGGAGGAUCCCCCCCCCAGAAAUGGGGACCCCCCCCCCGCCCCCCAACACACCACAACCACACAACCGCGGGAUGCUGCGAUGUGCCUCAUCCUCCCCCAAUAAAGGUGACCCCCCCUCUGUC